AUGCCAAGCUCCAGGCCAGCAGCUGGUUUAUCGCCGAAAACUCUAGAGUCUAGAUCACAAUUCCAACCACGACCCCUUCUCCGGAUUGUCAAUUUCAUGGCUACAAUGGAUUGUGGCGAUACAAAAUCCGACGAUUACAGAGACGAAUCAAAUGCUUUAGUUCUUAAGGUGAUCGCUAUUGCAGCAAUUCUCACGGUCGGUGUUAUUGGUGUUGCAACCCCUUUUAUCGGAAAGAAACGUAGCUUUUUACGCACAAAUGGAGACGUAUUCGUCGUCGCCAAGGCUUUAGCAGCGAGCGUAGUUCUGGCGACUGGAUUCGUUCAUAUGCUUCCCGAUGGUGCACUUGCGCUAUCCGACCCUUGCUUGCCUAAAAAUACAUGGUCAAAAUUCCCCUUUUCUGGGUUCAUCGCCAUAGUUGCUUCGUUGAUGACAAUGGUCAUAAUGUUGAAUUAA